AUGAAGCGUAACAAUGCGCCUUCGCAUUGGAUGUUGGAUAAAUUAAGCGGUCGUUAUGCGCCGAAGCCAUCACCUGGACCACACAAGUCAACAGAGUGCCUACCCUUGAUGCUACUUCUACGUAACAGACUCAAAUACGCUUUGACAUACGAUGAAGUGAAACUUAUUGUGAUGCAGAAGGUAGUACGUAUUGAUGGAAAAGUUCGUACUGACAUCACAUACCCAAUAGGGUUCAUGGAUGUAGUAUCACUUGAACGAACAAACGAACAUUUCCGUCUCCUAUACGACACCAAGGGACGUUUUGUACCUCACAAAAUCACACCAGAGGAGGCCUCCUACAAAUUGUGCAGGGUAAUCAAAACCUUUUUGGGACCUAAGGAAGUUGGAAUGGCUGUGACACAUGAUGGACGUACCAUACGUUUUGUACACCCAGAAGUUAAACCAGGAGACUCACUACGUAUCGACCUUGAGACCGGUAAGGUCUUGGAGUUCUUCAAAUUCGAGGUUGGAAACCUAGUCAUGAUCACUGGUGGACACAACCAAGGUCGUGUCGGUACAAUCGUACACAAGGAAAGACACCCAGGAAGCUUCGACCUGAUACACGUACGUGACGAGGUCGGAAACAGUUUCUCUACCCGUUGCUCUAACGUAUUCGUCAUCGGUGUGGGCACUAACAACUACGUAUCACUACCCAAGGAACGUGGUAUCAAGAAAACGAUCAUAGAGGAUCGCGCUCAGAGGCUUGCUCGCGCACACUGA